UUUGUAUAAUUGAAUUAGAGGAGCGGAGCCUGGGAGCGGAGGAGGGAGGAGCUGCUGACAGGUAGACGCGCUUCGUGCUCCUCAGUGAUGCCGAGAGCUCCUCCGGCUGCUGCCACGCUGGAGAUCUUCACCUCAGAUAGGACCGGAAAUCAUCCCCUCAUCACAUCUGAGACAAUAAUCUUGUUCUUGUUUUUAAUCGCUGACAGUAUCUUUUAAAAUGGCACCUCACGGAUUAAAAUCGCGCAAGGCGCAAGAGGAUUUAUCUGACUGCUGUUUGAUGAUUGUGAAUCCCUCUCUUUCUGGCUGAGCGUACGUUGUUCCUCCUGUUUCUCCAUUUUUUUCACAGCUCCUUUUUUCAGGACAUCGAGGCGUUUUCUACACACGAAGAAAGAAGCGCAAUAUUUGGAAUAACAUCUUAACAAUAUGCUCUUUUAUGCUGCACUCCAUUUUAUUAUAGUGUUUUAGGAUUUAAUUUUGAAAAGACAACUUGGAAAUGGAACCAGGGAAGGAGAAGGCAUUCCCCAUCAAAGAGGGGGUUAAACAGAUUGCAGGAAAGGCCCUGGGGAAACUGUACAGGAGGCUCGAGAAGAAGCAGCAAACAGGUGAGGCCAUCGAGCUGACGGAGGAUGGGAGACCCAGGGGGGACCAGGAGCGCAAGGCUCCCCUGUGUGACUGCACCUGCUUCGGGCUUCCGCGCAGAUACAUCAUCGCCAUGCUGAGCGGGCUCGGCUUCUGCAUCUCCUUCGGUAUCCGCUGUAACUUGGGUGUGGCCAUCGUGAGCAUGGUGAACAACAGCACGAUUCAUCAGAACGGCAAGAUCAUCAUCAAAGAGAAAGCACAAUUCAACUGGGACCCAGAGACAGUGGGAAUGAUCCAUGGCUCUUUCUUUUGGGGCUACAUAGUAACUCAGAUUCCAGGAGGCUAUAUUUGUUCCAGACUGGCUGCAAACAGGGUUUUCGGUGCUGCCAUUGUGCUGACAUCCAUCCUGAAUAUGUUCCUUCCCUCUGCCGCCCGUACACACUACGGAUGUGUGAUUUGUUUAAGGAUACUGCAAGGCUUGGUGGAGGGAGUGACUUAUCCAGCCUGCCAUGGGAUAUGGAGUAAAUGGGCCCCACCGCUGGAAAGGAGUCGACUGGCAACUCUCUCCUUUUGCGGAUCGUAUGCUGGUGCAGUGGUGGCCAUGCCUUUGGCUGGGAUCCUGGUGCAGUACACAGGAUGGUCCUCAGUCUUCUACGUGUACGGUUGCUUUGGAAUAUUUUGGUACAUGUUCUGGAUUCUGGUGUCAUAUGAAAGCCCGGCAGAGCACCCGACCAUCACCGAAGAGGAGCGUCGAUACAUUGAGGAGAGCAUUGGUGAAAGUGCCCAGUUUAUGGGUGCAACAGAAAAAUUUAAGACCCCCUGGAGGAAGUUCUUCACCUCUAUGCCUGUCUAUGCAAUCAUUGUGGCCAAUUUCUGCAGAAGCUGGACUUUUUACCUGCUCCUCAUCAGCCAGCCUGCAUAUUUUGAAGAAGUUUUUGGUUUUGAGAUCAGCAAGGUUGGAGCGCUGUCGGCUCUCCCUCACCUGGUCAUGACCAUCAUUGUGCCUUUAGGAGGCCAGUUAGCGGACUAUCUGCGAACCCACAACAUCAUGUCCACCACUACUGUUCGUAAAAUAAUGAACUGUGGAGGGUUUGGUAUGGAGGCAACUCUCCUAUUAGUGGUUGGAUACUCUCACAGUAAAGGGGUGGCCAUCUCCUUCCUGGUGCUGGCAGUGGGCUUUAGUGGAUUUGCAAUAUCAGGGUUUAAUGUGAACCAUCUAGACAUCGCUCCUCGCUAUGCCAGCAUCCUCAUGGGCAUUUCUAAUGGUGUGGGAACCCUGUCAGGCAUGGUCUGCCCACUCAUUGUAGGAGCAAUGACAAAGCACAAGACCCGUGAAGAGUGGCAGUACGUCUUCCUCAUCGCCUCCCUUGUGCAUUACGGAGGUGUGGUGUUUUAUGGGAUCUUUGCAUCUGGGGAAAAGCAGCCAUGGGCCGACCCUGAGGAAACCAGUGAGGAGAAGUGCGGCUUCGUGGACGAGGACGAGCUGGCCGAGGAGACGGGCGACAUUACGCAGACCUACGGCGCGAUGGGCGGCCCGGCUAAGAGCUAUGGGGCAACAGCACAGCUCAACGGAGGCUGGGUGCAGGACUGGGACAAGACGGAGGAAUAUGUUCAGGAGCCAGCAGGAAAGAUGUACUCUCAGCGUGGCUACUCUUAAACCAUACAGCUAUUGUGGGCCUGCCUAAAAAACAGGCACGCCAUCACUGAUUGCACAAACAAGCAUUGUAUCAGAUAUCUAAACCCAUUUUGUGUGUUCAAGUAGUUUGAGAUGAAAAGUAAAGAAAUAGUUUAAUGCAAAUGAGAAAAAUCUUCAUUAGAUUAUUGUUUUUUCAUACGUGCAUAUCGUAGGGCUUCACUGAACAUAUGGAAAGCAGUUGCGAAGCAAGCUGCAGGUGUUUGCUAGGCACCCAAACCUCAUUGAUCUACUUGAACAACAUGAGCCAGACGACCAUCACAUAGGAUCUUUCUCUUAAAUACUACUCUGAUUGCACUGAAACUAUGUGUUCUAAAGUUCUAUAUAUGUUCAAAUGUGUUUUAUGUACUGUAUAUAUAUAUAUAUAUAUAUAUAUAUAUAAAAAAAAAAAUAUAUAUAUAUAUAUAUAUAUAUACAUAUAUAUCUGUAUACUGUUUCUGUGAGACUAUUGUGGAUUUUGGGUCAUUGAUCUGUGUUAACAUUAAAUAUAUAAAAAGGCCAUAUUUUUCAUGGACAGUACCUCCUCAGGGAGAUGUCUGCUUGCAAAAAAGGUCUUCAUCUUCUCCAGUGAGGCCUACAAUAUAUUAUAAGACAAAAAUAAGUGUGAGUGAAGCUGAAUCGUACAGUUUUAGUGUGUGUUUGUUGCAUGAAUUUGCUCAGAUCAAUGUUUCAGAUGCUUCAGUCACAAAUAGUCCUCGUUUAGCCAACUGCUUUGCUUUAGGUGGGUGUCUGAUGCCAUUAUGAAUAAUGAGAUGUGUUCUCAUAAUCAGGCUGUGAUGAGAGACAAAUAAAAAGGCAACUGCUCAGAAAAAGAUGUUUCUUGAUGUUUGGUGUGCAAUGCAAUAAAUUCUGUGUACCAACCAUCACAUUGUGUUCUGUAAAGUAACACAAGCUUGCCGUAUGUAACUGUACUUCCUUUGGAGUCACGUGAUGAUCAACAAAAAGGUGUGCGUUUUAGCAAGUGUUCAUUGUCUGGAGAAGCCAGCUUUAUUGCUCUUUAUGCAGAUGAUGAUGUCGCAUUUUGACACAUGAGAAAUGCAGUGCUACAUGCAAACAGCUGACUUGUUUGUGAUCUCUUGAUGUUCCUUGGUUGUUGUUGUGGCCACCACAUGUACUUUUAGUGACACAUUGAUGUUGUGACAAUUGGGUGGACCACAUGAACUAUUAGAUGGCUCUUCCACUUAACUUAAUUUGCUGUUAAGACACUUCUUUAUUUUUUUUUGCUUAACGAAACCUGCAAGAGAUGUUAAAAAUAUAUGAAUAUUUAAGAAUGUUUAAGAUGACCAAAAGAUGCUACUAUGGCUUUGUGCCUGGAGUUUAUGUAAACAAAAAAAUGUGAUUUUAUUGGCCUCUAUUGUUGUGUUUAAUGAAGAUGUAUGUUGGAAUCUAAAAAAGUGUUAUAAAAAUACUCAUAUUUUAUAAAACAAAUAACAUAAAAGUGAUAUUUAGUGA